AUGCACUCUCCCAAGAAAAAAAAAACAAAAAAAAACUCUCUAGCAAUACACACCAAACUGAGCAUGUGCAGAGUGUCUCCACAAGAUAUGUCUUAUCAGGAGAUAAGAGGGGGACACUGGAAGAAGGGGAGGAUCAGAGAAGACAGGAUCAAACAGCGUUUUUUCACAACACAGAGGAUUAACCCCUUAGGUUCCACAGUGAGUAUAACAAGUAUGCUUUACUGCCAGGGGCGGACUGACAGCUCAUGGGGCCCCCGGGCAAUAGGGGAUCAUGGGGCCCCUGUGUCCUUGCCUAAACUCAAAAAAGCCUAU